CGCAUGCGCUCGUUGGGGUGAGUGGGGUCAAAGUUGAAAGUUCAUGGGACGGUUCGCGGGAAACAUCGCAAAACAAAUCGGCUCGGUAGCUCAUGAAGUUUUGGGGACCUUACAAAGGAAACUAAUCUACUUUAUUUUCUUACUCAGUUCUCUUCAGUUCGAAAAGUAUCGCGUUUAAAGUAUAAGUGCUAAAGUAGCUUUUGGGCUAGUUGAGCAGUCUGUGUUAGCAGGACAUUCACCGGCGUGCUUGUCGCUUGAGCUUUUCAACUGCAUUGGAAUAAAGGGAACGAAAUGGCAGAGAGGCCGGAAGAUCUGAACCUCCCCAACGCGGUGAUCACGCGCAUCAUCAAGGAGGCACUCCCAGAUGGGGUGAAUGUGUCAAAAGAAGCACGAAGAGCAAUUUCCCAAGCUGCCAGUGUUUUUGUGUUGUAUGCAACAUCAUGUGCAAACAACUUUGCUAUAAAAGCAAAGCGGAAAACUUUGAAUGCAGGUGACGUCUUGGCUGCAAUGGAGGAAAUGGAGUUUGAACGCUUUAUGGAGCCUCUUCGAGAAGCUUUGGAAGUGUACAAAAAGGACCAAAAGGGAAAGAAAGAAGUGUCUGAACAAAAGCGCAAAGAUAAAGAAAAGAAGACAGACUGUGAAAUUGAAAGGAUCCGGGAGGAGGAAGAGGAGGAGGAGCGCAUGGAAGAAGAACCAGAAGCAGAAAACGAAGUUGAAGAAGAGGAGGUGGAAAACUAAGAGCAAUUCCCGUUGCCAAAAGCGCUUUUUAAAUGAUGAAAGGCACUCAGUCGGAGGUUGUCACCAGGAACUUGUUUAAUUAUAGUUGUUGUUAUUUUCUGGGAUGCAUUCAUCCAACACCCAGACGUUCAGAGCUCAACGUACUUCCAAAUGUCUUUCCCUCCAUGUUGAAAAUAUACAAGUACAGUAUAAUCUCAUGUUAUGCCGAUGUAUUGCCUUUAAAGCUGUUGGCUGACUUGUGUAGACUUGUUUCAUGCUAAAUGAACACUGGGCUAACUGUCUCUCAGUAAAGACCAUGUCAUUAGUUUGGGAUAAAAUGAAGACUCAAAAAUGGCAAAUGUAAACAUGUUCUUUGAUAGCAUUGUGAUGUGCUGUUUAUAAUGCUUUCAUUAUCUCUAAAUGUCAGAAAAGGAUCUUGUAAGGUUUAUGAAUUUGAACAAUUUCUGAAUGGAAGACCAUUCAGCAAAACAACCUGAAAGCAGUUAUAUACUUUUACAAGUCAAGUGUAGACAUGAGGUAAAUGCUGCAGGAACAGUAAGUUAAUUUAGGCCGAUACUUAACUGUUGAACAGAGUAGUGUGUUUAUUUCCAUUUUUCCAAUCUUCAUUAUGCGGUGCUUGGUUACCAAUAAAGGAAUUCUAUGCCUGUUUACAUACGGAAAUCAAGUGAAUUGGGCUGCACUGGUGACCUGUCCUUCGUAGCUAAACACAAUUUAUACUUUUGUACAAUUUUUGUGUGCAAGAAGAUUUUCAAUAAAUGUUUAUGAACUUAAUCCUU